UUUUACCUUACGCUCCUUGGUGAGAAAGCAAGUGAGAGAGUACGUUCAGCUGCUGUUCCCUAUGUGCGACCAAUAUCGUCAGGUCAACAGAGUUUUGGUACAACACCAAGUGAAUAUCCUUUGACUAAACCAAUGACGAAAACAACAGCAAAAUUACAGGUAAACGUAGCCUUGACUUACCUAAAUGUGAGAACCGUCCUUUAAGAUAUGAAAAAAAUAGUUUGUUUCAAUACACGCUUCCGAAAGUAUACGUGACUUCAGCCGUAGAGCCUCUUUCAGUGGUUGCGACGUUGGACUUCAAACUAACGCCACGUACACGAAAACGAGACUCUGCGGUCAAGGUGAUGUAUUGUCCGAACGGUUGUAUUCAAUUUCAUAACGUUUGCAUAUUGGGAUCCGGUGUGGGAACUGUAUCCGAUUUUCAUAGUUCAAACCUGGCCAGGAAAACAUGAACAAGCAGUAUAUUAAGAUCAAGUAAACACCACGCAUUAUAAUUAAGUUUUAUUAUAUAGUAUAGGUAAUAACAUGGUUUGGAGUGCAAUUUGUGUAUAACAUGCACGAGUGAGUUUUUGAAAGAGCAUCAACAUAGCACGAGUCCGAAGGACGAGCGCUAUUUGAGGUACUUGAAAAACUCACGGGUGCACGUUUAUCCAAAUAUCACGAGAAACCAUGCUAUUACUUAAUCAUAAUUUACAUAAAAAUGUUCGAGAUAAUUGUAAUUUUAACUUACGUUUAUAGCGAACCGUCCACUGGUAAAGUUUUCCUGGCAUUUUUUCACAUUAUACAACUCUAACAGCUCGAAAAAAUCAAAACAACUCUUUAAGUUUUAUUAGUAUUCUUUAAGGUAAGGGCUUUUCCAUUUAAAAGAAAAGGUGAAAGUCAUAUUUUCCAACCGAAGUCAACUUUUACUUUCUCCAGCGCGGCGCCAUGUUUGUUUUGUUUUGAAGCAAUCUGUGCCGUUACUUCUCCAAACUGAACUACUUUAAACUAUUAGUUGGUUGACUUUAUCAUCACAUUGUUUUUCCACCAAUCAGAUCAGUUUGUUACAGAUUUUUGCAUUUUGAUUACAGAAAAUUGACUGUGAUUACAAAAAAUUGCACUGUGAUUACGGAAAAUUGCACUGCUGUUUGGGAUUAAUUGCACUGAAAUCAACCAAUCGCGUACAGUCGAGUAAUAUGUUUUAUUACUCGACUGUAAUGUUUAUUAUUAUAUGGCUUUUCAAAAUUCUCUAUUCUGAUUGGUUGACAAGCGAGCCGUAAAAACCCAUAUCCGGACCAGGUACACAGGUUUAAAAUUAUUUAAGAUUAUCUAAAACUAUUUAAAUUAUUUAAUUGAGAUUCUUAAUUCCUAAAAAAAAUGUUAGAAAUGUCUUUUUCCCCUUAAGUAAAUUGUUCCAUAGUUUUGUCCCACUGUAUAAAAACGCUGCCAAACAGCUGUCCAAAGUUGGACAUCUACAGUAGCUCAUCUUUCCGUCUUGUUGAGAGGUAUGGCGGAAACUUGAAUGUCAUAACUGCCUCUUUAUAAGGCAGCAUAUAACAAACAGGUAGCCAGUUAAUUUGACGUAAUGCAGGGGCUGUAUGGCUAUAUUUACGCGUGCGAAUUCCCGCAGCAAAGCUGUGCAUACUUUGUGGUUUGGCGAUGUUGUUGUUGUUGUUGUUGGAAAUGUUCACCCACACAAAUGAGGAGUAGUAUAAUGUGCUGAAUAUCAAAGCCUGUGUUACUGUUAUCAGAGUGCAAUUGUCUGAAAUAUAUUUAAUUCGAUUUAUUUGACUCGGGGGCUUUGUCGGUGACUGGGAACGAACAGUGACUAUUUUCGUCGAGUUCAGCACAUUUUUUUGAGAGCACGCAUUUUGUGAGAGUCAAGUGAGAAUGUGAGAUAUUUACAGUGAGGCGAUUCAUACUAUUAAGCAUUCCUUUUAUACUUUAAUUUGCGAGUGGUUUUUAGUUUUUAGUGAAGUUACGAAGCUUGCUUUAAAUUUUUUUCCUGGGAAUAUUUUUCUAAGACGAAGUGGGGCCAAUUAAUACACGAAGAAACACUGAUAUAUAUACAUAUAUAUAUAUAUAUAUAUAUAUAUAUAUAUAUAUAUAUAUAUAUAUAUAUAUAUAUAUAUAUAUAUAUAUAUAUAUAUAUAUAUAUAUAUAAUUGCCGGCCAAACAGCUACACUUUGGUUUAGCGUUUUUACACUUUGGUUUUGUUUCGGGAGAAAACUGUAUUCUUCUGUGACUUGCGGCUGUUUUGCUUUGUUUUCUUGUUUAUUUUUCACUAUUUUGAAUCAAAUUUCCACCUAUUUGCAAAAUACGAGUCCACAAUCAUGUUAAAAAUGCUUGUCAACGGUCGUUAAUUACUACUAACUGUAUGUAAUUUUGUUUUUAAGCGCGCCACGCACAGUUAACUACAUGAUUACUAUUAGUUAAUUAAUUAAUUAUCCGACUAACUACGUUUUGUGCAUCGCAGUUACAUCAUGUAGUUAACUAGCUACUGUUAUGGAUUUAACUGCGGUAGUUAACGCUAACUGCAGUUAACUUUAACUACGUUUUUAUACAACCGGCCCCAGAUUAUGAAAAGCAAUGCGGUCGACAGCAAUUGCCCGAGGAUAAAACUUCAGUAUGGAAAUGUGCAGAAUUUGAUAUGGGGAUUUGGUGCUGACUCAUACAGGGAGCGACAGGGGUUUGGAUGAUUUAUAACUUUCCAGUAGACUGACAUUUUCACGAGCUAUAAGUUCCAAAUCUGAAAAUAUUCCGUCGAAAUUCCCCUACCCCGUAGAGGACUUCAUUCCGGUGGUAGAGGAAUUCAUUCCGAACCGUCCACUGACAAAAUUUUCCUGCUUUGUUAUAAAUAUAAAAGCCAUAUUUUCCACAUCAAGUCAAAUUUUACUUUUUGUAGGGCGGCGCCAUGUUUGUUUUGGUUGGAAGCAGUCUGUGACCCUUACUUGACGACUGCUUUAUACUGAUUGGUUGCGGUUUUUUUCAUCACAUUGUUUUUCCACCAAUCAGAUCAGUUUGUUGCAGAUUUUUGCACUGUUAUUAAAGAAAAUUGCAACGAGGGUAUUACAAGCCUUUUUAAGUUUUCGUUUCUUUCACGUGUGGUUUUUCCGGAUCCAGCUGUUCUUGGUAGAGCACUUCCAUCGAUAUAAGUAUGGUUGUUAAUUAUCUUAUAGAGUAAGGCCAAGACAAUAAGUUACUGGUAGUAAAUCGAUCAAGUUGAUGUAAUCUUGUUAUGUACGAGACAUUGGUGAAAACCCAGUAUUUAAGAUGUAUUUGGUUGCUCUUCUCAAUGGUAUACAUGUGUUUACCUUUAUAUUUACAGGCUUCUGGUGAAGCGCAGUACACGGACGAUAUACUCAAACAAGGAGGAGAACUCUACGCUGCAUUUGUCACGACAACACAGGUACGAAUAUCCAAUGUAAUAUAUGAAAUUCAUUUUGAUAACGCAAACUCAAACUUGCACACUCCUAGUUGAGAAAAAGCUUCGUCCACAUCCCAAUGAACCUGCUGAGUCUAGUUUAUGUUUAGUUUAAUUGAUGGAGGGGAGGCUAUGUUUUCAUCUUCGUUUGUAAGCGUGUGAGCCUGACAUUGUGUGUGUGUGUGUCUGUCAGCACAAUAACUUAAUUAGAAAGAUCAAAUUAAACGUAUUAAGAGGACAUUUUUUAAUGUCCCGUAUUUGCGACCAAAUUUAAUGAAGUGUUCAAAACCUAAAAUCGUUCCGUCAUUCCUCUCAAAAUUACCAUGUUUUAGCUUUCUUUUGUGGUUUACACAGUUAGCAACCUUCUUAAAUGUAUCUGGCGGUUUAUAAAGUCAAAAAAGUCAAAUAUUGACGUCAAUAAAAAUAGAAUUAUCAUUCAUGCUGUAAAAUUGACGCCCACAGGAAUAUAAGCAAAACUUACUGAACCUCAGACAAUUUUUUAAUAAUCAUCUUUGGCGUACCAUGUAAAAUCUCUUCAUUUUAGCAUAAUUUUACAGAUAAGGUCGCUUUAGAAACGUAUCAAAAAUUUAAAAAAAUAUUGAAUAUAGUCAUAACCAAGUGGAAAAGUGUAUUCUUUAUAGUUUUGAGUGCGUGUUAAUAGGUAUCAUAUGGCAACACAAGAUUCUCUUCUUAAUAACAGGUGGGAAAAUUGACUUAGCAUGCGCGAAAACAGCUCGGGUUUUCAGCGGGAGAAGAAGAUGCGUGCUUCCACUUUGUUGAUUUAAAAAAACAUAAAUAACAUGAACGAAGCCUUCGAAAGACAAUUUUGCAGCGGCUAUUUAGCUAGGGCCACAAAUCACCACAAAAAUUGGAUUCACUAACAAAAAAUGUUGCAGUAAAUACUUUGAUUUCCUCUAUUGUCACAUAUUUUACAAUGUAAAUUAUUAGUAUCGAUUAUUUCAGUGCAAAACAAAACAGAGCAAAAAGUUUCCUUUUAAAAUGUCGUCUGAUAGCUUCAAUAAAAUGUGAAAUUCAAACCAAAAAUACUAACACUUCUUCAUUUUUUACAAAGCCAAGAAAUUUUGUAUCGACUUAAAAAUGCUUUGAAAUUUAAUGUAAAACAGCGAUAUUUCGUUGGCACAACCUGUAACAUGACAAAAUUCGUGUUUAUAGAAUUUUGAACGAGCGAAAAUUGUGUUUAAAAAUAAUACAAAGUUAACUCAUUUCGAAAUGAGGGUCAGUAUCGAAAAAUCUGAUUGCUAUGUUUAUCUGUUUUUAAAUACUUUGAAAACCUAAAAAUAAUAUUUUAAAACUUUUAUAGUAAAAUACAUGGCAUAAUGUUUAUUCUGAUGCUCAUUUUCUGAGUCGCCUUUUUCGUAUAAAUCACACUAGCACAUGAAAUUCGCCAAAAUUCAGUACUUUCUUCAUUUUUUAGGCGAGUUUACAUUCUAUUUCCAAAAACUAGAAAGAAAAGCACACAUUCUCACCUAAUCAUAUUUCAUUGGCACAACCUGUAUAUAUGAGAAAAUUAAGGUGAAAACAAGCAAUUUUAGCAAAAUACCUCACAUACUGAAAUUUGACGAUGAUCGUUGGCGCACACUAUCACUCAAAAACCAAAUACUUACACUUUGUACUGGACAACAAACGCAUUUACUGCAAAUUUCAAGUAAUAUUCCAUCAAUAUUAAAUUCCUGCUCGAGGUUAUUUGCCACAGAAAACACACACUUUGCAAGAAACGUCAUUUUCGGCCAUGUUUCAGCGAAGAAUUUUUGACUGCUAAUUUCCCGAUUGCGACAAAUAAUUGUGGUCUUGAUUAACGUUUAUUAAAGUUUACGUCUGCUAGCUUUCUUUUACUAUUCCUCUGUUGCAGUGCGAGAAACAGGGUAGCGAAAUCUGUGUUUUUGUUUUUUCACAAUUUUUGCUAACCAAAAGAAAGCGUCCGCGAUAAAUUUGGUCAGCGACGACAAUUUUCCCACCUGUUCCUCUUAAUACGAAAAUUGUGACUGAAUGGAUGGACAAUGUCCUAGGGGGACGUUAAUGUGAUUAAGAGUAAGAAACCUUUAAUAACGGUAGUUUUCCCACUGAUUUCGUUGGCAUAGAAAUGGAAAAUGUUAAUAUGGAAAUUUAUCCUUGAAUAUCAGGUUGAUAUUUUGUGUUUUUAAGGGAAACUGUAAACUUGCAAAUGUGGACGUAUCGGAAGUUUUGGUAAGAAAGUUUUCACUCAAUCUAUGCAUUUUUUUUUAUUUGCUUAAGAACCGGUUAUUAGACAAUUAUAAGGAGCAAUUCGAUAAUACCUUUUCAUAUAGAUACUACAGUUUAGCAUACAGCUAUUUCAAUUAAGAUUGUUCACGAGCAAAGCGGAAAAGUCGAAUACGAGCGCGAAAGGCUGCUGGGAAUCACUCACAAAUUAAUGAAUUUUCAAAGCGAUUCUCAGUAGCCUUUCGCGCUCGUAUUCGACUUUUCCGCUUUGCUCGUGGACAACCUUAAUUGAAAUAGCUGUAUAUUCUGGAGGUGGAUAGUAUUUUUCGCGAUAUUUGUCUGGAUAUCCUAGCACUCUUCGCUUGCGGACAAAAUCAAAAUCGCUUCCCGUUUCGUUACGGUGACGGACGAGCAACUUUUUGUACUAAACGAAGCUGGGGUUUUGCCAAACGAAUAAAACAGUGUGUAGAGGCAUUCUCUCAUAAAACCGUAGAAUUGUUUAUGUACACUUUAAGUUUUGUUUACAACUAUAUAAUAGCGGAGCGCUGAAAUACAAAUUAUUUAAAAAAAAUUUUUUGUCGUUUUUGGUUAGUUGUGGUAUAUGUUAAAACAAAGUGUCGGUGAAUAGUGCAACGAUAUUCACCUCAACCACCCCCGGACUCACCUCGAAAAUUUCAGAUGUUUUGUCCUCCCCGGACCUGUCGAAAAUUUUAGAUUUUCUCCCCACCCCAGUCCUGUCGAAAAUUUCAGAUUUUUUUACUCACUUAACCAAACCGCCUUAACCAACUGAGCUGCGGAGAGACUAUUGUCCAGCUCUAACCACAAGUUCAUGUAUAAAUCCCGAGCUUUAAGGCCGUUUUCUACCACAAUCGUAUUGUAUCGUAACGUAUAGAAGAUUUUCGUUUGUAUCGAAGUCAUUAGUUCCACUGUAGUGCGCAGCAAACAAAGAAGUAGGCCACGCUUCGGUAAUCGGUACGAUACGGUUGGAAGUGGAAAACCACAUUUACACCUACACCGUACACCUUAGUAUUUGUAUAGGUAAGCGAGUACUCGCCCCGGCGGCUCGUCCAAUUUUGGCAAAAUUUCCAAACAUCACUCGUACUAUUAAUCCCUAAUUGUACGAACAACAUCGCAUGCAUGAUUACUUGUUUAUUAUUAGCUUCUCAAUGUUAAUAUCAUAUAUUCUCUUGCUAAAGACCAGUCCUGCCAGACUUUCAACCAAAAUUUGGUGCUUUUGUUCAAUUUCAAAGGCAAUUUCAUUUCACAUGGGCAAUUUCAUUUCUGAUUUGUGUUCAAAAUAACUUCCCGCCAUUUUGUUUGUUUUGGAAAAAUCUUUAAUUGUACUGCAGUACAAUUAAUGAAAUAAUUGUACUCCUCUCAACCAAUCAGCAUCCAGUAAUUUUGUCAUGCUAAUAAUAAAUACAUGAAUUUGUUCAUCUGGCUAGAGCCCUGUACCGGAGUGGCAGGAAUUUCGAUUUCUGCCAUUGGGCCGGUAGUUACAUUUUUAAUGCGCAACUGCAUGCUCCUGGUUUGUUCUAAUAAACGUAUUCCACGCGAAAUUUCCAUCCAUACAAAUCACUGCAGGACACCAUUGUUUGCGUUUUGCGGAAAAUCGUUACUGCGGGCUCAAUAUCAGUCCGAUUGUAAUCAAAUUUUCACCAAAUGUUCGCCGCCAGUGCAUGCAAAAUAUGAUAAAGUUGUAAAGUUGACAAAACAAUAAAAUAAUGGGAGAAUUAUUCAGGAAAAUCUUAAAUCGCGGUACCUUUACGCUUUUAAUUACGGGAACCACUCAGUAUUUUAAGAAAAUACAAAAUAACAGUAACUCCGAAUAACAUUUUGAUCUUUACUCGACGAGUACUUUGUAGUCAUCCUCAGGAUUAAUAAUAGUGUAAAAUUACAGAUGCAGCUAUUAUAAAGCCAGAAGGGCGGAGCUUAAAUGCCAGUUAAUUAAAUAUGAGGAGUUCUUUGGAGGCGUUCGCACCGUGGUUGAGAUCAGGUUUUCGUCUGCGUAUAGCCAGUGAUCUGAGACCAGUGGUCUGACCUAUCAAUUAUUUUACAAUUUUUAAAUAUUAGUUCAGUUAAGUUAGUGUUUAUAGUGUUAGUUGAGUCAGGUGAAAGUUCCAUAAGGGAUUUGAUGUGUUGAAAAUGUUCGCAGCAGUUGAUGUGGGCGUUGAUUUCCGAGUUUUCUCGCGUGCUAUGUUCUUUCAGACGGGUGUAUAGACAGCGGUCUGUUUCACCAAUGUAGCUGCUUCGACAAUUGUUUCCAAUUGUUUCCUGUCCUGCAAAGACAAAACACCAGAUGAAUACAAAAGCUCCGUUGUUUACGGAUUUUCAUGUCCGGGUUGUCGAAUCAGCUACAUUGGUAAAACAGACCGCUGUACGUCUAUACACACGUCUGAAAGAGCGUAGCACGCGAGAAAACUCGGAAAUCAACGCCUACGUCAACUGCUACGAACAUUUUCAACACAUCAAAUCCCUUAUGGAACUUUCACCUGACUCAACUAACACUAUAAACACUAACUUAACUGUACUAAUAUUUAGAAAUUGUAAAAUAAUUGAUAGGUCAGACCACUGGUCUCUGUUGCUAUUCAAGGAGUCUCUUGCUAUACGCAGACGAAAACCUGAUCUCAACCACGGUGCGAAAGCUUUCAAAGAACUUCUCAUAUUUCAUUAACUCCGCCUUUCUGGCUUUAUAAUAGCUGCAUAUGUAAUUUUUUACACUAUUAUUAAUCCUGAGGAUGACUACAAACUAGUCGAAACGUGGAUUAAAAAUCAAAAUGUUAUUCGGAGUUACUGUUAUUUUGCAUUUUUUUUACGCUUUUGAGUUCUUUUCCUGCUGGUUUUAAGAUAUAUUUGUGAGAAUAUUAUUUGAUACAGUAAAAUAGUUGUUCUAAAGAAUUGUGUUAGGAAUUUUUUGUUUAUUUCGUCAUUCCAUUCUUAUUAUUAAAAUAUCCAAAAUUAGAAAAAAAGCCGAGGCUAAUUAGAAACCUCUAUAGCUAUUUCAUGUGAAGAUGUAAGAAAGAUUCGUUAAAACCCGCAGAAGAACAACUCGUUUAAAAAUAAGUAAUUGCCUUAAAAUUUUUCCGGAGAAAAUUGAAUUUGAAUAUUACAUUUUCAACGUUUUUCUUCCUUCAGCGAAAUGUAUAUUAUUAUAUAUAACUGUGCGAGUUUUCAACAUUUUUCGUUCAAACUUGGUCUGAUAGUAGAACUGGUCUAAUGCUUUCAAGGAAACCAAUUCUUGGCAAAAUUAGUACUCAAAGGUGUUCUGUAACCUUAAGGCGAAUUGAUGCAUUAGGCAGUAACAUAGUUACAGUAUGCCCGUGGAAAGCAUUAGCGAUCUGAAAAAUAUAUAGUGAAAAUAAUGAGAAAAUGAAGAUAUAAUGUGGUGGGAUAAAAAGUUGUUGCUGAUGUCCUCUAUACGAAGAUGUAUUACUGCUUUAGAAAAUUCCUGGUGUGUUCAAGUAUAUUUGUGCCGAAGAUAUUCCUGGAGAGAAUAAUUUUGUUGCUGGUUGCGCUAUGUUCAAUGUCACCAAAGAAAAAAUAUUUUGUGAUGGAGAUGUGGACUAUGCUGGUCAGGCGGUUGGCCUUAUCGUUGCAA